ACUGGACACUUUCAGUUUCCUGCGCUGCUUUAAGAGCUUCGCAGCUCAAUGGUCAGAUGUGAUUUGAUCAAACAGAAGGUUAGAAGAAGAGUGAGGAGCCAUGGAGAUGAACGAGAUCCAAGCAGAGAAGAAAGGUGACAGAGAAAAGCAGAAUGAAUACGAGCUGCAUCUGGACAUCAAACCUGAAGAAGAACCAAACCAUUGUUCUACCGUUGCAGGUCCACCUCAGGCCGACUCCACUGCAGCUGAGUCCAGAGCAGGUAAACAAUCACAGAACAACUGUGUGUGUGGUGUCACACUGUUCAGUUAAUAAGUCCAUGAAACCAGGAAGGAAACGACGACGGCGCCGAUCAGACUGUUGUUUUCAUCAACACUCGGAGCUCGGAGUCACAACACGUCAGCUUCACCAGUCACAACAAGAACAGAGUGAAAUGUCACCACAACAAACCCUUAUCAACAUCAACUGUCAAAAAAAUGUAAUCUUAUUUUUGGAGAAUGUUUCUACAGAAACAACAGACAUGGGACAGACAUUAACCCUUUAGGGCAGCAGAGCUGUAGAGUUACACUUUAUCAAGCUGCUGAUUAAAAGUCUGUGGGAAUGAAAUUUGAUCCAAGAGCUGAAGGACAAGCUCAGCAGUGUUCCACAUAAAUAAUUUGGAACAAACGUCAGUUGCUGCUAUGGUGAUGGGAGGGCGGUCCCUGAACUGCAGAGCUGCAGGCACAUUUGACUGAGACAGAGCAACCAGUGGGUACGAGCUUCUGUUUCAUCAUGUAUCUUCAUUUCCUCUGGAAUUAUGGUAAGGUUCAGAAAGACGAAGGCGUAAAGGAACGUUCCUCAUCAGAGUUAUGUGUGGAUGUGGACGGGGACAAAGGUAAAACAAAGGUGUUCUGGUUGAAUUCUGCUGGUCUUAUUGUUGUGUCGCAGAGGGGGACAGAGGGGGACAGAGGGGGACAGAGGGGGAGAACAUGGACACUAAGACACUCUGCUCUGGUGUCUCCAACCACAGUUUGUCCAGACACAGAGAGAGCACCUGAGGACAGGACCAGCCCAUCUGCUACAACCUGCAGCCUGGAACAAUGCCAAGACCAUCUGACCAAAACCCAGCCUGUCCCCUACGGCUGCAUGCAGUGUGCUAACGGGUGGCUGACUCUGGAUCGAUCCUGCUUUUACCUGUCCACCACCAGGAUGGACUGGGCGGAGAGUCGCAGUUACUGCGCAGAGAGAGGAGCGUCGCUGGCCGUCAUCACCAGCCAGGAAGUCCAGGACUUCCUGACCAAGAAAGGCUCCCUGAAAUACUGGAUCGGGCUGAGACGAGUAGGAAGAACCUGGAGCUGGGUCACUAACGCUGCCCUGAGGGCGGGCUUCUGGGCAGAAGACCAGUCCAAAGGCGACUGUGUCCUCCUCCACGGUGAGGGUCCGACUGAGAACAACUGGAUGAAGGCUUCCUGCAGGGACCUCAGCUACUUCAUCUGUCACGUCCAGUUCUGAGAACACGUGAUUUUAAAGUCCAAACCACUGUCGUCCACCUUCCUCUGCUGCAGUCAGGCGUCAGCAGCAAACAUCUGGCCAAUCACAGAUGAGAGAAGGUUUCAUAACUCGUCUCUUGUUAUUUUGUUUUCCUUUAACAUUUUCUAGACCAGACUGGACAGGAGUGAACUGGAAUUAGAGGGAGAGGUUUAGUAACAAAACCACAAAUAUGGUCGCUCACCAGAUGGCGCCGUGUGGUUCUUUAGUUCUGCGUGUUGAAGUGUGUAGCACCAUUAAUCCUCUGAAUCCUUUGAUCAGCCUGUCUAACUGUGUACUCCUUUCAUCUUUGUCAUGACUUUGAUCAAUGGUUCUGCAUUUUAUUUCCAUAUAAAACAACCUGAUACAGUAA